AUGGUAGUUUCAUCACUGUUAAAUGCGUUGAACCGACAACAUGUCGUUACGGGGGCCAGUAUAGUAGCAGCUGCUUUUAUUGGUUAUUGCGUGUAUUUUGAUCGAAAAAGGAGGAGUGCGCCGGAUUAUAAGCAAAAAAUACGAGAAAGUGAGGCUUAUUUUUUGGUAAAUCCUCCUCCUGAACCUUUAUCCUUUUUUUUAGAUCGUCGUGCAGCGGCAAGAGUCGCUCGUAAUAUGGCUGCACCUGAUUUUACUAAUACAACAGAAAUGCAAGCUUUCUUCUUGCAGGAAGUACAGUUAGGCGAGGAACUAAUUGGCGAAGGUAGAAUUGAUGAAGGUAUUGAGCACAUCAGUAACGCUGUAGCGAUAUGUGGCCAUCCACAGAGUCUUCUUCAAAUAUUUCAACAAACUUUGCCUCCAGAGCAUUUCGCAUUACUAAUCCGCAAACUCCCUGAAGCAAAACAACGUAUGGCACAACUUCGACUGAUGUGCCAGUCAAGUGAAGAUAUCGAUGAAAUGAGGAAUACUGGUCAACAAAUCAUAUUUACAUCAGGAAACACAAAUAUGCAAGGUCUGAUUGACAAUGAUGACCUCGAAUAA